UCGUCAUUCAGUGCGCAGAAGUAGAUGUCGCUUCGUGAGCUUUCCAAAAAAUUGCCCAUUUGUGUUUUUCUCAUGACUUUAAUUUAAGAAAAAGGCGUCGAAAUACAUGUCCUCAGAGUCUUGCAUUAAUGGUAAUGCAUGCUAGAAAACUUCAACGUAGCGAUGGGUAUUUCGAUAAACAUCCCCAUCCUCAUCCCUACCAGAACUCAAAGUAUAAGAGAGACUAUGAGAGAGAGGCUAGCAGAUCCAGCAGUUAUUUACGCGACAGGGACUCUUCUCCGACAUCCGGAGGAGCCGGAAGCGGUAACAGCUCCCUAAACAAUGGCAACAACUACAGAUUUGCAUCCCCGGAACUGGAUUCUCCGCCCCGUGAGAAUCGCUAUCGCGACUCAGAUAGAUGCACAAGUUUUGUAAUGAGAAUGAGAGACAAGGAACGCGAUCGGGACUCCUACAAAAAGGAUAAAUAUAUAGAUUGCUUGCGAUCACCGAAGGACAAGCGGGAUCGCCGUGAUCGUGAUUCUGAGCAUCGAACAAAUCACGAUCGAAUUGAUCAGUCGCGGCGCUCAUCGAAGGUGUGCGUGAGCGAGAAGCGCUCGGGCUCGAAUGACCGGGAGCGGGACAGGGAUCGCGACAGGGAGCGCGAUCGCGAGAGGAUAACGCGCGUGGGAGACUGGAGCGAACACACGUCGUCAUCGGGCAAGAAGUAUUACUACAACUGCAAGACAGAGGUGUCUCAGUGGGAGAAGCCGCGCGAGUGGGUGGAGCGCGAGAGGGGCGGCUCGCUGAAGGAGCAGCAGCAUCCGCCGUCGCGGAGCAGUGACUAUCGGGACAAGGAGCGGAGUGAGCGCGAUGACCGCUUCUCGCGGUCGUCGUACGGCAAACAUUCCAGUUCGCGCAGCAGCAGCGGCAGGAUGCGCUGGACCCACGAUACUGACGGCCAUCGGCGGCGUCACGACGACAGCCAGGACAUGGACAUCAGUCCGGGCGACUCCACACCCACCUCGGAGGGCAACUACUCACACUCCAGCACACCCACGACGCAGCAGUCGCAGCAGCAGCAUCAUCAUCACAACAGCGACGGGAGCAGUGCGCUACCGAGGCUCGCGUCUCAUCCGCCGGUGACGCCCACCAACUCGCACAUGCAGCAGCAGCAUUUCACGAUCCCAUCGUCAGCCACGCUUGCCGGCACGGCCACAGCGACCAGUGCCACGGCGGCGGGCAUGAAGAUGAAGGGCGCUGAUCAUCACCACCUCAGCUCCAUGCCGGUCUCUUCGCCGUCCUCGUCGACGCUGACCGCUUCCUCAGCCGGGCUGUGCCUGACCCUCGCCACCAGCGUCACGCAGUCCCAGACAUCGGUCACGGGUGAUAUUGUGAUGAACUCCAACACGCCGGGACCACCGCCAGUGUCGCUCGCGAAUCUGCCCAAGAUCCUGUCGCAGAUCACGGGCAACAAGACACUGGACCAGACGGAGCUCAACCCACAGAAGGCGCUGCAGACCAUCAACAAUGCCCUCAUGAUGUCCUCGCGACAGCAACAGCAUCAGCACGUCUCCAUCGCGGGAGAUGGCAGCAAUUCUAACAGCAUCAGGGAUCACGUCCUGAAUUCUCCACUCUACAACCUCCCACACUUGCACACAAUGUCCCUUCUCAACCACACCACAUCCGGGAGUGUUUUCAGCAGUGCAAUGACCCAAGGGUCCCAGAGCGGAUCAGGGGGAUCCGUGAAGAUUGAUACGAGCGGAAAUAGUUUAGUUCUCGGCGAUGGACCGCCAACGCCGACACAAGAGAUGGAUGUUCUCAAUUCUGAGCACAAGAAAUUGGAUGGGACAUCAGCUACACUGAGUAGCCUCCAAGGAGUGACAUCGCAGGUGUCGAGAUCACUAGGGCCUAGCUUAACACCAAGUCUUGCAAAUUACUCACGGGCAGAUCUAAUACAACACGUGACAAAUUGGCCAGCAGAUUUACUGGAGAAACAGGGACAAAAGUGUUCGGAAGAGACUCACAUUUUGGGUGAUCUGCAGUGCACGAAGAUAUCUGCUGACUUGAAAAUUGCCCGAAGUAUAGUUAGAAUCACAGAAAUACAAUCAACACUGCAUGAACAAAAAAUAAUGUAUUUACGACAACAAAUUCGACGAUUAGAGGAAUUAAAAUCACAGAAUUCGUUUAUGUCUGACGAUCUUUAGCCUCAUUAAUUUAUAUAAAGAAUAAAAUUUUGGAAGAAAAACAGCAAGAAUACUAAUAAUUUGUAAAAAAUUAUUGGAUAAGACAUCAUUUAACAACAUUUUAACAGUGUGACAAAGGCACAUUAUGUCCAUAAAUUUCUUCACAUGUUCAAAAAGAGAGAAAAAAAGGAAAAACUGAGGCAGAACAAUAUAUGAGAAUUUUUUUUAAAGAACUGCAAGACACUCUUCCCUCCCGAAGAGUAAAUAGGAUUUUACUUCUAGGACAACAAGAGAUGAAAGAAAGAUGAGAGAACAUCAUAGGUGGGCUAUAUAGAAAUCGGUGGGGAAAUAAAUAUGAUAUAAAGUAUAUAUAUAUAUAUAAAAAU